GUGCAGAAUCCACUCGCUUUCGACGUGGCCCUGUUACGCCGUGGCGACUGGAUAACGAUCGCUUAUUUCCUCCCGUUUCCUCGGUUUCACCUCACUCUUUCUCGACGCCACCACCACCGAGUGUUCCUCUACCCGGCGGCUCCGCGGACGCUCUUUCGACCUCCUCGUGGAUGAUCUCUUCCCCUCUCGUCGAGGCCUGCGGCGUGACGCCGCAUGAGAUCGCUAACUCUCCCAAAGGUUGGAUGUAACAUGAGGGUUACUGCGAACUGAGAGUGCUGUUCGCAAUCCCACCCUGUUCCUCAGCGAUCAACUGUAAGGUAAUGUUGCACCCUAAAGAAUAGCUCAUCAUGUUUCUUCCCCUUGGGUUGUUCUCGUUGGGAUUAUGAAGUAUGCUCUGCAUGUGCUUGAACUGUAACAUAAGGUGGCAGGCUUUAUAUUUAGUGUUGUUUGCUUCAUCAUGGUACAACACGGAGCAAAAGAAUUCCUCCUCCAUUCUUUACAGUUGGAAUAGCUAUGGAUGAUUAUUUUGUUCGUAUCCUGGAAUUGGCUUCAUAUUUGAGUCACCGUCUAAUUCAAUUCAUUGAUAUCUUGUUCAGCGAUAUUGAAAGAUUCUCACAAGAUUCUGAAGCUUCAGUCUCUGGAUGUCAUGAGAAGUGCUUAAAUAACAGUAAUUGGUCCUCUCAAGGAGAUCUCUCAGUUUCAUACAAAACUUCAGCAAAUAUAUACCAUCUAGAAUCUGAAAGGCGGCUUAUUAACCACCAAAGGAAUUAUGGAAUUAUUGGGUCUAGGCAAAACUCAUAUUUCAUACAUCAAGUGAUAUUGUUCUCACUAUGUGGUCUAAGAGUAGGAGGUCGAGUUAUGUCCACUUGUUCAAGAUGCUUUUAUAUGUAUCUCAGACAAAUUUGCAUAGAAGCUCGGGGGUUCAUAUCCCGUGUGAAAAGAAUGUUGCAGGGGUCUUCUGAUGAUAUUGGGUGGUUGCAGAGGUCUGAACAAUUUCCUCCCAUGGAGGAUGGUACAACCCAUUUCAUGGAGCUGCUUCAUGAUGUCAGAAAUGGCAUUCAUCGUCUUCCCAACACUCUGGUUUAUUUGUUGAUUCCUGGUCUUUUUAGCAACCACGGUCCGUUGUAUUUCGUGAACACCAAACAAUGUUUUUCCAAGAUGGGUCUUACUUGUCAUAUUGCCAAGAUUCAUAGUGAGGCCUCGGUGGAGAGAAAUUCGUGGGAACUCAAACAAUACAUUGAGGAGCUGUACUGGGGAUCCAGAAAGCGUGUGAUGCUUCUCGGACAUAGCAAAGGUGGUGUCGAUGCAGCAGCAGCACUUUCAAUGUACUGGUCAGACCUGAAGGACAAGGUUGCUGGCCUAGCACUGGUUCAGAGCCCAUAUGGUGGUAGCCCCAUUGUUUCCGAUAUCCUCCGAGAAGGCCAAGUUGCCUACAAGGAGGCCCGAAGGAUUAUGGAAUUCAUAAUCUGCAAAAUAAUAAAGGGUGAUAUGAGGUCUCUAGAGGAUCUCACAUAUGAAAAGAGAAGGGAAUUCAUCUCAAAGCACAGGCUUCCUGUAGAACAAGUCCCAUUGGUUUCAUUCCACACAGAAGCUCGAGUGGCUCCUGGUGUCAUUGCUACGAUGUCUCAUAUUGCGCAUGCUGAGCUGCCAUGGCUCCCCCUACCUCGUUUCUUGUACGUGGGCGAUGAGUUUGCUUCAGGGAUAAUAUCUGGUCGGAAGGUUCCUGUUGUCAUCCCGGUAGCUGCUGCAAUGGCGGUCUGUGCACUGCACCUGAAGUUGCGAUACGGAGAGGCAAGUGAUGGAUUAGUGACAAGGCGCGACGCAGAGGUUCCUGGAUCAGUAGUGGUGAGAUUAGAACGGAAGCUGGACCACGCGUGGAUGGUGUAUCCCUCUCAGAAGAAGGACCAGCUCGAGGCUGAUGCUAGUGAUAUGUGUGAAGCUCUGCUAACCAUGCUCGUGGAAAUCGGGAGAAAGAAGCAAGGAGAAGAUCCGGUGGCUAACUGCAUCUAAACAAUUCACCUCUUCAUUUUUUUGAUUGGCUUCAAACAUGGGCUAAAUCAUUUGCUUGAUAUCAUCGUAUCUUGUGAAGGAUAUAAAUAGUCUAAUUUUGAUCCUAUAAAAAUAAAGUAAGCGAUGAAUGAAUCAUCAUGAAGUCAAA